CAAAUCAUCUGUCCCCACCCUUUUCUCCCAUACAGGAAGCUGUAUUACUAACAAGCUAACUGUCAACAAAGGGCAAAACUGUGCAAAAUAGGCACAUCCAUGCAGAAGGCGGCUGUGUUGUUGACUUUGGGUUCCUCCUCCUAAAAGCAAAACGCCACACCGCCGCCAGCCGAAUUCUGAACAUGGCGACCACCGCUCAGCUGUUCGAGGAGCCCUUUGAUGCAGAUGAGUACAUUGAAAGGUUGGCAUGGAGGACUCCAGGAGGAGGCUCAAAAGGAGGAGCUGAGGCAUUCGACCCCAAAAGGCUGUUGGAAGAAUUUGAGAGUCAUAUUGAAGAGCUGAAGCAACUGGAUGAGAAGAUCCAGCGGAAGGUGGAGAAGCUUGAGUAUCAGUGUCAUCGUGAGGCCAAGGAAUUUGCACACAAAGUCCAAGACUUGCAGAGAAGCAACCAGGUAGCCUUUCAGCAUUUCCAAGAACUGGAUGAGCACAUCAGCUACGUGGCCACCAAAGUUUGCCACCUUGGCGACCAGCUGGAGGGGGUAAACACACCUCGCCAGAGAGCUGUGGAAGCCCAGCGUCUGAUGACCUACUUCAACGAGUUCUUGGAUGGAGAUCUACGCAGCGAUGUUUUCAAUAACCCAGACAAGAUUAAGGAGGCUGCUGAUAUCAUUCAGAAGCUGCAUCUCAUUGCCCAGGAGCUUCCAUUCGACAGGUUCGCAGAUGUCAAGGCAAAAAUCGCAAGUAAAUAUCAUGACCUGGAGCGUCAGUUAAUCCAGGAGUUCACUGCUGCCCAGCGCAGGGGCGAGAUUGGUCGAAUGCGGGAGGUGGCGGCAGUUCUAUUACAUUUCAAGGGCUAUGCACACUGUGUGGAUGUUUAUAUCAAGCAGUGUCAGGAAGGUGCUUACCUCAGGAAUGAUGUGUUUGAAGACACGGCGGUUCUCUGCCAGAAGGUCAACAAGCAGGUGGGCGAGGUCUUCAGCAGUCCAGAGACCGUCAUGGCCAAACUCAUCCAGAACAUCUUCGAGAACAAACUACAGGCUCACGUUAGGGAAAAACUCGAUGAAACUCGACACUCUGAUGUUGAACAGUACCUCAAAAACCUGUAUGACCUUUACACAAGGACAACGACUUUAGCCACAAAGCUUACAGAGUUCAACCUGGGCUCAGACAAGCACACAUUCCUGUCCAAGUUGAUAAAGAGCAUAUUUUCCUCUUACUUGGAAAGUUAUAUUGACAUGGAAAGGGAAUACCUGCGUACUCGAGGAGCCAUGAUUCUGCAGCGAUACUAUGACUCAAAGAACCACCAGAAACGCCCCAUUGGCACCGGCAGUAUUCAAGAACUGAAAGAGCGUAUCAGACAGCGUACAAAUCUCCCCCUCGGGCCCAGUAUUGACACACAUGGGGAGACUUUUCUGUCCCCCGAACUGGUUGUCAACCUGUUGCAGGAGACCCGCCACGCCUUUGAAAGGUGUCACAAGCUUUCAGAUCCCUCUGAUCUGCCCAAGAAUGCCUACUCAAUAUUCCUGCUGCUAGUUGAACAUCUGUGUGUGGAUCACAUUGACUACGCCCUGGAGAUUGGUCUGUCAGCAAUUCCCUCAUCUGAUGCCAAGAAUGCCAACCUGUAUUUCUUAGAUGUGGUUCAGCAGGCCAAUUCCAUCUUUCACUUGUUUGACAAACAGUUUAAUGACCAGCUCAUGCCUCUGAUAAGCUCAUCCCCAAAGUUAGCAGAGUGCCUACACAAGAAAAAAGAGGUGAUAGAACAAAUGGAAGUGAAACUGGACACAGGAAUCGACAGAACAUUAAACUGCAUGGUGGGCCAGAUGAAACACAUACUAGCAACAGAGCAAAAGAAAACUGAUUUCAGACCUGAGGACGAAAACAAUGUGAUGAUCCAGUACACCACGGCCUGCUCCAAAGUAUGUGCCUACGUCAGUCGGCAGGUCGAGCACGUGCGGAAGUCCAUGGAUGGGAAAAACGUGGACACGGUGCUGACGGAGCUGGGCAUUCGUUUUCACCGACUCAUCCACGAGCAUCUCCAGCAGUACAGCUACAGCUCGAUGGGAGGCAUGCUGGCCAUCUGCGACGUGGCUGAAUACCGACGAUGCGCCAAGGACUUCAGGGUCCCACUGGUGCUGCAGCUCUUCGACACGCUCCACGCCCUCUGCAAUCUCCUGGUUGUUGCUCCUGACAACCUGAAGCAAGUCUGUUCUGGGGAGCAUCUCACCAAUCUGGACAGGAACCUGCUGCAUGCCUUUGUCCAGCUCAGGGUGGACUACCGCUCAGCCAAACUGGGCCGACACUUCAGUUAAUGACUGCCUGAGUGCCCCGUCGUGCUCCGUCCAGUAAAAAAUGCUUAGAUGAGAUGAUGCACCUUGAAAAUACCCGUUACCACUCCAGAACACGCGUCGGAGUGGCCGCAGCAAAAUGGACUAAACUGGGUUUGGAAGACUGCUGCUCCUUAAAUUUGGGAAAUGUGCAUUUUAACUUUUCUUCAUUGUUUAUUUCUCUGAGCUGUUGAGAUUUGAAUGACUUAGGAUUUCAUUUGUUUUUAAAUACUAAUCCAUCACCAGUUCAUCUGGUUGAGAUGUCUGACACGCUGUCAGUGAAUGGACGAUGCAGAUUUUUGUGCUUACGUAAAAGAAACAUGUUUUUUGCUUGUGCCAAAUAUAUGAGUUAUGCAGCGGCCCAGCUGCUUGAAAGGGAAACUGUCAACAAGCUGUAAAGGCAGAUACCAGCCCUGCAGCUGCGCCACAUAUUGGAACAGUUGCUCUUUGGGGUGGAUUUUAGGUGAUCUAACAAACUGUCUGGCUCAGAAGGACACAUGACCACCUCUGUACCCUUUAACCCUUCACCACAAAGUAAAAGUCAAGAGGCCAUCACAGAGCAGUCAGACCCGGGCUGUAAACAGGUCUGAGAACCUCUCUGGAGGUAUGGGUGGUCCCUUCAUGGCUCAGAUGAUUGGUGCGAUGGGUCACCGAGUAUGUGUCACUGUAAUUGCACAGAUCAACACUCGCUCAUCCAGUGAUGCGUAAAGUCCAAAGACAUUGUUGGUCUGAUCUGCAGUGUUUCUGGGUCAGAGGACACCGAAAUGUUGACCUCUGGUGAUUAAGGGAGCAGACUAGAAGGGACUUCUUCACACAGGGCUUAAAGGAGGUUCACAUUAACUGUUCUCUGCACAAAAAAGAGGAGAGAUAAUACCCCUGAUGCCCGAAACGGUUUCCUACAUACAAAAAUGCUCCCAUUGUACUGCAGUUUACCUUAAUUAAUGACUCAAUUAAAAUUAAAGAAUAAUUUUAAUAUCGUCCCUCUCGUGAUAUUGUUAAUAUUUUUGGAUCUGUUAAUAGAAAGUUUGGCUAGUUAUUUCUGCAAAUGUCACUUUGAAAGUGAGAUGAAAUAGUCUUGCCUUCUAUAGAAGUCAUCAAGUAUUCAUAGGAAUUCUUGCCACCAGAGUAAAGUUCUUUCUUCGACUUCAUGAAGUGAGCAGAGCCAGAGGGGAUUAGAUAUCUACGAGUUGAUGAAUUGUGUGCAGUAGUCAUGAACUGGGGGAGAGCUGGGGAGAUAGAGACGGCUGAGAGCUCAGUUCCAGUGCCGGCUGGUUAGUGUUGUGUAGAAGGUACACACAGUGCUGUGCAAGUUCAAACAACAUAAUUAAUUAGGCUAAUAUUAAUAUUAUCAAUGCCACAUAAAUUCAAUUCUCUCAGCCCUAAUCACAACUGGAUAGCUUGUAAAAAUUAUUUUGUUAGGCCCUGAUGCAAACAGCGGGUCUUUUCCAAACAUUUGAAAACUAUUUGUUUUUGCCUUGAUUAAUGUGCACGUCGUGGUAAGAGGUUGGGGGAGCGGAGCUGGGCCAGAGACGAUAACUGGCGUGGAGACGAAGGCAGAGGUGCAGCCUGGCCCCGGGGACGACCGGCACGGGCUCAUGGAAGCGGGGGAGGGAUGUGAUUUUUGGGGUGGGUGUUUGAGCAGGUGGAGCGGAUUAGUGAAACUGUCAACACUGGAGAGCUGGAUAAGACUGCCCUCUUUUACUCGUCAGUUUGAGCAGCCUUUUCAAACACGUUCAGAGAUGUAAAGUCUCCAGCACAUCCAAACAAUCAGUUGUUUCAGGACACGAGAGAAAAAGACGCCAGUCUGUGGACAGGUGGCUCCACCUUUGAUUCUACUUCCUGUUGUCCUGCCUGUUUUUCUGGUUAAGUAAGAGUGAUUUACCCGAUCUCAUUAUUCCAGAAACUUAGUCUACUGUUUAGUUUUCAGUUCAAUGCGCUAAAUCUGAUGGUUUUUUGUGGGGUCAAGCAUCCUGUCACAGCUAAAUCAGUGUUGAAGAUGCGAUCUUUUUAACUGAACCCUCCCUUUCUCUGUCACCUGCUACAGUUUACCCCUUUUCAUGCGCUCCCUGCCUCUGUCUCCUCUGCCAAAUAAAUCAUCAACCAUCAUUUUACUGUUUGUCCACUCCUUAUGCGCAUCCUGCUAGU